AUGUCGUCAUCGCCACCUAAACCAGCUACGGUAGAUAGUGGCUAUAUCAUGCAACCCAUCCCGCUGGAGAAUACUUACUCCACCGAUACGGGUCUCAAGCGAGUGUUGCAAUGGUAUCUUCCGACGGCCACUUUCAACUCCGUGGAGGCAGAAUUCAGUCAGCUCGGCGCCGAGGCUAUAUCUGAACAGGUGCGGGAGUGGAGUGCCGAUGCGGAACGCAAUCAGCCAUAUGUGAAGAGUCAUAAUGUCUGGGGAAAAAGGUAUGACUAUGAUCGUCUGGUCACGACAGAAGGGUGGAAGCAGCUGGGUAGAUGGGGGGCUCGUCGUCGAGUUGUUUCGGCCGGGUACGAUCAUACGCUUGGAAAGGAUCGAAGGAUGGUUCAAUAUGCAUUGAAUUAUCUCUACUCACCGUCGUCGGGUCUUUACUCCUGCCCCAUCAGCAUGAGCGAUGGUGCGGCGUUUAUCCUGUCUUCCAAGAUCAGGGAUCUGCCCUCUUCGCAUCCAUUUCAAACUGUGUUUCAAGGUCUCAUCUCCGAGGGUGAUGAUCACUGGACCUCUGGCCAAUGGAUGACGGAGCGGGCAGGUGGUAGUGAUGUUCAAAACACCGAAACCUGGGCGACCUAUUCACCUCUGCCGAAGGAAUCAAAGACUGAUCCCCUCGGGGAUGGGGACUAUCUGAUCAAUGGGUUCAAAUUCUUCUCAUCGGCGACAGAUGCCAAUGUGGCGCUACUCCUGGCCAAGACUCCCUCUGGAAAAUUGAGUACGUUUUUGGCUCCGCUCCGGAGAACCGUGAGAGGAAGCGACGGUGUCUCACGCCAGGUCUCCAACGGCGUUCGAAUCCAUCGUCUGAAAAAUAAGCUGGGUACGAAAGAGCUUCCGACCGCCGAGCUGGAAUUGAAGGACAUGCGGGCCCAUUUGGUCGGACACGUCGAUCAGGGAGUCGUCACUAUCGCGCCUCUUUUGAACAUCACUCGCAUCCACACGUUCGUGGGCUCCCUCUCCGGCUGGCGCCGUGCCAUCAGCAUUACCAAGAGCUUUGCAAGGGCGCGCACCACGGUGGGUGAGCCGCUUUGGCUGAUCCCCAUGCAUCUGCGUCUCUUGGCCGAUCAGGAGGUGAAGCACCGCGGUGGUCUGAAUCUCGGCUUCUUCACGGUGGCCGUCAUGGGGUUGAUCGAGAACAAAAACACUCAGCCCUGGCCGCAUGCUCACCUGCCUCGUCCCGGCCACGAAGCCGAGGUGGUCUUUCGCACGCUAACCGCCACGGCCAAAGCGGUGGUGAGCAAGAUGGCUAUCCAUGGAAUCCAGGAAUGUCAGGAAGCCAUGGGCGGCGUGGGGUACAUGGACGAGGCGGACGAGCCCGAAUUCAACAUCUCUCGAAUCCUGCGCAACAUGUCGGUCAAUUCCAUCUGGGAGGGAACGACCAAUGUGCUUGCCAGCGAGAUGGUGCGAUUCCUGCUCAAGGCAGACCAUUGGGUUGUCUUGUCGGCUUGGGCGGAGCGCCUGCUAGGAUUGAUUCGCACGGGACCUCAGCGUGAAGCUCUCCAGACGGCUUGGUCUGCUCUGAGUGCCAAGUUUGUCAGGGGAAAACAAGCUCCCGCGGCUCUUCUGGCCGAUGCACGCCGAUACAUGUUCACCGUGGCUUGGAUUCUCUGCGGGUUCCUUCUCGUGCUCGACGCCGAGCGAGACGAUGAUCCGGUGAGCGGAGAGAUUGCGCGCCGCUGGGUGCUCAGUGCCGAGGGGGGAGUUGGAGAUAUGGUUUUUCACGAUAUUGUAAAACCUGUUUCGCUGGAUGUAACGGAGCUGGAUGAGGAUGGGGAGAAGCAUCUUCGGUGGGAUUGUAGAAUCGCUUGGGGGAUUGAUCUUCCUGCAGGGAAUCGGGCAUCUGGACAUCGGUCGCUGCAAAAGACAAGCUCCAGGCUUUGA